AUGGAUCAGUUGGUAGACUCCCGCUCUGAGAGUGGAGAGGACUGGCCCUCGUCACUUCCAUCAUCGCCUGAGUCGUCACCACCAACAACACCGCAAUCAUGCAGUCCAAGUUUAACGGCCAAACUGCAGACGGCUCAUAUUGUCCAUGAAACACCGUUAAAUUCCUCCGUGUCAGACAACGACGACACUUCACACCCCCCUAUUCCAAAAAGCGAACCGAUACUACCACUACCCACCGACUCUCAAACGCCUGACCAUUGGAUUUCACGAGAUAGCCGGAUGAUUCGCCUCACGGGGAAACAUCCAUGUAACGUCGAGGCUCCUUUGUCCGCAUUGUUCAAAGCUGGGUUCCUUACUCCCCAGAACCUAUUCUACGUCCGAAGUCAUGGAGACACACCACGAAUAAGCCUGAAGCAAGGGCAGGAAUGGAAAUUACGAAUUCAUGGCCUUGUCGAGAAGGAGUUAGAGUUCUCGAUUCAGGAGCUCAAGGAAAAGUUUCCGGUUAUCACGUUGCCGGUGACUCUUGUCUGUGCUGGUAACCGUCGGAAGGAGCAGAAUAUGGUAGUUAAGGGGCUGGGAUUCAAUUGGGGCGCUGCAGGUGUAUCUACUGGCCUUUUUACCGGUGUAUACCUGGCUGAUAUUCUCGCUUAUUGCAAGCCAAAAAACCCUCUUCUCUCUGCAUACCCCUCUUACGACAAGCCCGUUCCUGGGCGUGCGCGCCACGUCAUCUUUGAGGGCGCUGACGAGCUUCCCAAAGGAAAAUAUGGCACAUCUCAGAGGCUCAGCUGGGCAAUGGACCGUAGUAAGGGCAUGCUCAUAUCAUGGGGUCUCAAUGGGGAAGAUCUUUCUCCGGAUCACGGUUAUCCUCUUAGAUUGGUUGUCCCUGGCCAGAUUGGUGGGCGUAUGGUCAAAUGGUUGCAACGAAUCGAGGUUUCAGACUGUGAGAGCCAACAUCACUUGCACUUUUUUGACAACAAGCUUCUCCCCACAACAGUGACAGCAGAUCAGGCAAGAAAUGAAGAUAAAUGGUGGUACGAUCCCAAAUAUAUCAUCAAUGAGCUCAAUGUGAACGCAGCAGUUUGCUCACCUGCUCAUGAUGAUAUACUUGAGGUAGCAUCUGAUGUUUCUAUGAUGCAGAAAAUUCCCGUAGAGGGAUACGCGUACACGGGUGGUGGACGACGUAUAACUCGCGUCGAGGUCACACUUGAUGAUGGGAACACUUGGAAACUCUGUGACAUUAGCUAUCCAGAGGAUUUGUACCGAAUUUAUCCGAUCAAGAGCCACCCUUACUUUGGAAAACUUGACUUGAGCACCACAGAUAUGAGCUUUUCUUGGUGUUUUUGGAAGGUUGAGAUUGAGGUCAAGUCACUGCUAGCAGUUCGAGAUGCUGGGUUCAUUGCUGUACGUGCAAUGGAUGAAGCGCUGAGCAUCAUGCCACGGGAUAUGUAUUGGAAUGCCACCUCAAUGAUGAAUUCGUGGUGGUUUCGAGUCGCUAUCCACGGAGAGAAUAAUGGUCAGAUUCUCCGAUUUGAGCAUCCUACCGUACCUGGCAAUGCGAACGGUGGUUGGAUGCAACGUAUGAAGGAAGCGGGACUGAACCCAAAGUUCCCUCGCCUGGGAGAAAACAGCCCAUCUUCUAGUUCCCUCAGCGGAGAAUCUAUGAAACCCCAGGGAUCCCGAGGAGAUGAAGAUGCCAAGGGCGUAAUGAUAAAUCCAGACAAAUUGUCAACAGUUAUUACGUCGUCUCAGCUUGCGGAGCAUGCUGACGGGGAAGGUCCAUCUCCUUGGUUUGUUGUCGAAGGCCAUGUAUAUGAUGGCACAGGGUUUCUUCUGGCUCACCCUGGUGGUGAACAGUCCAUUCGUUUAGCAGCUGGCGAAGAUGCGACAGAAGAUUUUAUGGCCAUUCACUCCAUGGACGCCAAGAAAAUGUUGAGAGAUUACCACAUUGGUAAGCUUGAACAACCUUCAGAAUCAUCGAGGUCUCCACUGGCACAACUUGAGACCCAAGAUGACCCAUCUAAGCCAUUUCUGGAGCCAAAGGUGUGGAAGAAAGUUCGUCUGGUACAUAAGCGAGAGAUAUCUCAUGACUCGCGAAUUUUUCGUUUCGCCUUGCCACAUGAAGAUCAACUGCUCGGCUUACCAGUGGGACAACAUGUCUAUCUGCGUGUAAAGAAAGUCGACGAUGCAACCGGUAAACCCGAGAUUGUGCAGCGAGCAUAUACUCCGUAUAGCUGCAGUACCCAGCGUGGCUUCAUUGAUCUUCUCAUCAAGGUGUACUUUCCAUCAAAUGAAUCAUCGCAAAAAGACACUGCGUUUUCGGGGGGGCAAAUGACCAUGGUGCUCGAAAAUAUGGGCAUUGACACAAACACUGACGAGCUUACGGUGGAAUUGAAGGGACCCAUCGGUCAUUUUACAUACAUCGGUAGCGGUCGGGUGCAAUGGAAGCCGAACAACUCUAUUCGCAAUAUUAAAAGGCUCGCCAUGAUUGCUGGUGGCAGUGGUAUUACCCCAAUAUGGUCCACGCUAAAGGCCAUUGCAGACGAGUACUUGGCUUGCCCAUUAUCCGAACAGGUUAGCCGAGUCGAAAUAUGGCUCAUUUAUGGCAAUCGAGAGGAAGAAGAUAUCCUCAUUCGCCAAGAGAUAGAUCAGCUCUCCCAUUAUAUGAAGGGAAGACUACAUGUAUGGCAUGUUCUUAGUUCCAAAAAACUCAACGAAGAUUGGAAGAUGGGACGAGGACAUAUUGGGUUAGAAUGUCUCCAACGGCACCUCCCGCCAGCACCCUCUACACCCAAUGAUGCAGAUCUUGAAGAUACGCUGGCGCUAGUUUGUGGACCUCCAGCUAUGGAGGCAAAUGUUUCCGCUGGAUUACAAAAGCUUGGAUGGAACCUUGAAAAGAAUGUUGUGUUUUUUUAAAGUAUCUUACGAAGUUGAAUCCUCCAUAUUUGCCUACCUAGGGUAGCCUCAACCGACAACUUUUCCAUCACCACACGUCGUAAUAUGCCAUUUGAACAAUGCCUGAAAAUGAGUAGAUGCAGGUUGUAAUAUACACCAAUAUACCACUUUCUUUAAUCCAGUAUAAUAUAAAUGUCUCAGCGGAGGCCAUUUCUAAAUGU